AACCGACUCGUGUGGGCGUGCGAGCCAGCGAGUGUCCGUCUGUGUGUGUGCGUGUGCGAGGACAACCAGGCGUGUGUGUGUGCGUUGUCGCGCGUCUGCGUCGGGAAAUCCUGAAAACGGAAAUCGGGACAGGAAUCGUGAUAUAUUUCGGGUUUCCGGUGCGGUACUGCUUCUUCUUCGGCUUCUUCAUUAGCUAGUCAAAAAGAAACGGUAGAACGGCGAGCAGUUGCCAAUUGGCAGCAACAGUUGAAAGAAGAGCAGCCCGGAAAAAGAAAAUCAAAAUCAAAACAAAUAAAGCAAGAAGUUUGGCGAAAAAGCAAACAAUAAUAAAGCUACAAAUUCGUUGAACGAAUUUUCGAAUAUGUGAAAGUGUUGAGCAGCAAAAUGGAAAGAGUGAAGUGAACCCAUGUGAAAAACUAAAAGCAUUAAAAAAGGGAAAACCAAAACGAAACAAAACAAACACAAAACCAAAAAUACUUCAAAACCAAAAAUACGAAACCAAAAUCAAAACAACGUCAGUCAAUCAAAUCCAUCAAUCAUGCUGAAGAUACACAUGCUGGAGCAGGUCGUCAACACGGAAAAUGUCUGCGAGAAUGCCCAGGAGCUAUCACCAAAGCGCAAAUUGCCGGGCCAGGGGCCAGUGGGUGGCGGGGGCAGCUCCUCCUCCAACGGGGGCACGCCCACCGUCUCGGCGACCUCGUCGCCCCACCACCAGCCGACGCCCCCCCAGCGCCACAUUCACACGAGCGGCGGCAAGAGCGUCAGCCAGGGAUCAUCUCCAGCUGGACGUCAGCAUGCCUUUAUGGCCAACACACAGAAGCAGCAGCCGCCGGGCGGAGGAAGUGGCAGCGGCAGCGUCACCCACAGUCCGGAACGCCUGCGCGGAGCGACCGCCACCCAGGAUCUCUUUGAGCUUCUCGAGCGUGUGCAGUGCUCGCGACUCGACGACCAGCGCUGCGUCCUGCCCGCUUACUUCUCUCAGGUGGGUACACGUGGUCAUCCAAGGGGAACGCCUAUCACUCGGCAGGUUUCUUGGGAGAUUUUUCAAGGGGAUACGAGAAUUUACUCAAGUUAA